AUGAGCCGGAAUGUUGAGAAUUACAGAGAAGACUCUGAUCAAGAAUGGAAUGUUCAAGAUUCUAUAAAUUCAACUUCAUCGAACUCUCCCCUUUUCAACGAUGCUUCAAGGCUUGAACAAGGUAAAAGAGACGUAAAACAAACCACAAAACUAACGGAUGAUGUUGAUAGUAAUGAAUCCUCAGUAUUUGGUCAAGAUCGUGAUAGAUUACAAUGUACGUUGAAGCAGCGCCAUAUACAGAUGCUGGCAUUGAUUGAUGUCUUUGGUACUGGUAUCUUUCUUUCCUCUGGUGGGGUCCUAGCUACAACUGGACCUGCUGGUAUGUUAUUAGCCUAUGCCAUAGUGGCUAUUAUAGUCGGGAUGAAUCAAAUGGCUCUAGCUGAAGUCGCUUCAUUGAUGCCCGUCUCUUCAGCUACUGUUCGCCACUUGGAACAGUUUAUAGAUCCAGCUUGGAGUUUUGCCUUUGGAUGGAUUAGUGUUUGGAGUUGUAUGUUACCAGGUCAGAUAUCUUCAAGUGCUGUUUUAAUCUCAUAUUGGACUGACAUAUCCGAGGCUGCUUGGAUAACUAUAAUAAUUGCUUUGAUUUUAGCUACAAACUCUUAUAAUAUUAGAUUUUAUGCUGAAAUAGAAUUUGGUUUUGCAAUAAUAAAGAUCAUGUUACUUGCUGGCCUUAUAAUCAUCUCAAUUGUUAUAACUUCAGGUGGUGGACCAACCCACGAGGUGAUAGGUUUCAAAUUCUGGCAUAAACCUGGUCCUUUCAACGAGUAUAUUGCAAAAGGUAACCUAGGUAAAUUUAUUGGUUUCUGGAAAGUCUUGACAGGUGCUGUUUAUUCAUAUGGUGGUGUUCAAUCUGUUCCUGCUUUAGCUGCUGAAACUGAAAAUCCAAGAAGAACUGUCUUUAGUGCUUGUAAGAGGAUUUUCUACAGGUCAAUGAUCAUUAUGUUAAUCACAGUGCUUUGUCUAACACUCAUAGUUGCUUCAGAUGAUCCAAAAUUGACUAAUUCAACAGGUAAUGCUCAAUCUUCCCCAUUUGUAAUUGCAGUUAAUAACGCCAAAAUUAAAGUUGUUCCACACAUUAUCAAUGCUGGUAUAUUAACAUCUGCAUUUAGUGAUGCAAAUUUAUCUAUUGUUCAUGGUGCAAGAACUAUGUUUGCAUUAGCUGUUAAGCGUCAAGCACCAAGAAUAUUCCUCAAGACUAAUAGAAAUGGGUUACCUUGGGUCGGUACCAUUUUUUUUGCAGCAUUUACCCCAUUAGCAUAUAUGAAUGUUUCUAAAAAUUCUGCAAAUGUUUUCAAUUGGUUCCAAACUCUAUCAUCUGCAAAUUAUUUACUUGGUUGGAUUUUAAUGUCAGCUAAUCAUAUACAUAUGACAAGAGCAAUGAAAGUACAGGGGAUCUCAAGAGAUAGACUGCCACAUAAAUUUAAAUAUGGACCACAAGCUGCUUGGAUCUCAGGUAUUGCUGCUAUCAUUGUAUUGAUAACUGGUGGGUUCAAAAAUUUCAUACCUGGCCACUUUCAAAUUGAUAACUUCUUUGCAGCCUAUUUCAUUUUACCAUUUUCAUUUGGAUUGUUCUUAUUCUGGAAAAUAUUUAAGAAAACAAGAUAUUUGAGACCACAUGAAGUUGACUUAGCUCCACUAUUUAAAGAUGUUGAAGAAAAUCCAGAGCCACCUGCACCAAAAUUGAGAAGCUGGGACUAUCUCAAAGUGCUUUUAUGGGCAUAA